AUGUGUUUUCCAUGUUUUCCAAUUUAUGCAAUCAUUAUUUAUUUUCGUCGAAAAACGCUGAAAAUUUUGAAUUCUUCGACUUCGGGAGGAAUAUUUAUUUCACAAAAAACUCGAGAAUUACACAAACAAUUAAUUCGAGCUUUGACUUUUCAAGCAAUUAUUCCAAUUUUUUGGCUUUCCGCUGCUUCGAUUUAUCUUUUAUUGUUGUUUCGAAUUAUUGAGGGAAGUUUUUAUGAGAAUUUACCAUUUCGAAUUAUGGAAUUGAUGCCAAUGACAACUCCAAUUGUAUCUAUUUAUUUGGUUAAACCAUAUCGAAAUAUUAUUAAAAAUUGGAUUGUGAAAAGUGAAAUUGUUUCAAAACCCAAUUCGAUUAUUGUUUCGACGGCGGCUUCGAAUUAG